AUGUUGGCCGCGAAGACCGGACCAGAUGGCGACAACAGCUUACCUGAGAGCUCUCCGUCUGUUUCUCCAGCGGAAGCUUCACUCACUCACUACCUUCACGCCUUCAUCCACCCUUUAUCAUCAACCACCUCCCUCAACAACUCCUGCGGUAUCAAGGGUAACCAGCAGUCAAACAUCGGUGGAGGCCCUGGUGGGGAUGGGAGAGAUGACAAGGACAAGAAGAAGGAGAAGCCUAAGUACGAACCACCACCACCACCUACAACCAGGAUUGGGCGGAAGAAGCGCAAGGCUGCAGGCCCUAGCACUGCCUCAAAACUUCCCGACAUUUUCCCUACGUCACGAUGUAAAUUGCGAUAUCUUCGAAUGCAGCGAGUCCAUGACCACCUGUUGCUCGAAGAGGAAUAUGUGGAGAAUAUGGAGCGUCUGCGCAAGGCCAAAGCUCAGGCAACGCAGGACUCUGUGAGCCGAGGCGACCUGGAUAUCAUGGACAGAAAUGCGGACGAAAGGAGCCGCGUGGAUGACAUGAGAGGCAGCCCCAUGGGGGUUGGCAACCUGGAAGAGCUGAUUGACGAUGACCAUGCGAUUGUCUCGAGUGCUACCGGCCCGGAGUACUACGUUUCUAUCAUGUCCUUCGUUGACAAGGAUCUGCUGGAGCCGGGCGCCAGCAUCCUUCUGCAUCACAAGUCUGUAUCUGUCGUUGGUGUGCUGACGGAAGAGUCCGAUCCCCUGGUCUCAGUCAUGAAACUCGACAAGGCACCAACCGAGUCGUAUGCAGAUAUUGGUGGUCUCGAGUCGCAGAUUCAAGAAGUCCGAGAGUCCGUCGAGUUACCCUUGCUCCACCCGGAACUGUACGAAGAGAUGGGUAUCAAGCCGCCAAAGGGUGUCAUUCUCUACGGUGCUCCUGGUACCGGCAAAACCUUGCUUGCCAAGGCUGUCGCAAACCAGACCAGCGCCACUUUCCUUCGAAUUGUCGGAAGUGAGCUGAUCCAGAAGUAUCUGGGAGAUGGUCCUCGGUUGGUGCGACAGAUUUUUCAGGUUGCUGCCGAGCAUGCGCCCUCGAUUGUCUUCAUCGAUGAAAUUGAUGCCAUCGGUACCAAGCGUUACGACUCUACAUCUGGCGGUGAACGAGAAAUCCAGCGUACUAUGUUGGAGCUUCUCAACCAACUGGAUGGUUUCGAUGACCGUGGUGAUGUUAAGGUUAUUAUGGCCACAAACAAGAUUGAGACUCUGGAUCCUGCCUUGAUUCGUCCUGGCCGUAUUGACCGAAAGAUUCUCUUCGAAAACCCAGACCAAAAUACCAAGAAGAAGAUCUUCACCCUGCACACGUCCAAGAUGUCCCUCGGAGAUGACGUUGACCUCGACGAAUUUAUCAACCAGAAAGACGAUCUUUCUGGUGCAGAUAUCAGAGCUAUUUGCACAGAGGCCGGUCUGAUGGCGCUGAGAGAGCGCCGUAUGAGGGUACAGAUGGAUGAUUUCCGUGCCGCUAGGGAACGGAUCAUGAAGACUAAGCAGGAUCAGGGUCCUGUGGAGGGCCUGUAUUUGUAA